AUGUUCCACACUCCCAUUGCGCCUCGUGUGAGGAAAAGGUCGAGACCAGUGGAAGCCGGCGCUCCAAGGCGUGAGGGGGUGAAGUUUGAGGAUGUCAGACUGUACCUGGUGGAGAGGAAAAUGGGCUGCAGCAGGAGAAGCUUUCUGACCCAACUGGCUAGGUCAAAGGGCUUUAUUGUGGAAGACAUCCUCAGCGAUGUGGUCACUCAUAUCGUGUCAGAGGACACCGAGGCUUCAUCUCUGUGGACAUGGCUCAAGGGGUGCGAGCUGAAGAAUCUACCCAGUGUGCACGUGUUGGACAUCAGCUGGUUCACUGACAGCAUGAGAGAGGGGAGACCUGUUGCUGUGGAGACCAGACAUCUCAUUCAGGACAUCUUGCCCACAUUUCCAGGAGGUCCUACAGCCACAGUUUCUCAAUACGCCUGCCAGAGACGGACAACCACAGAAAACAAUAACAAGAUUUUCACAGAAGCGUUUGAAGUUUUGGCAGAGAGCUAUGAAUUCAACGAGAUCGAGGGUCCGUGUCUGGCGUUCAGGAGAGCCGGAUCUGUCCUGAAGAGUCUGACCUUUGAGGUGCGGAGUCUGGGGGACACUCAGGAUCUGCCCUGCCUGGGGGAACAUACUAAGGAACUCAUAGAGGAGAUCCUUCGAUAUGGCCGCUCGUUUGAAGUUGAGAAAAUACUCUCUGAUGAAAGGUAUCAAACACUAAAGCUGUUCACGAGUGUGUUUGGGGUUGGACCUAAGACGGCUGAGAAGUGGUACCGCAGAGGGCUGCGCUCAUUCAGCGACGUUCUCACAGAGCCCAGCAUUCAACUAAACCGGAUGCAACAAACUGGUUUUCUGCAUUAUGAAGACAUCUCCAGGGCUGUCAGUAAAGCAGAGGCCCGGGCCCUGGGGAACAUUAUUGACGAAGCUGUCCAUGCGAUCACACUGGACGCCGUAAUAUCUCUGACAGGUGGCUUUCGCAGGGGGAAGGAGUUUGGCCAUGAUGUGGAUUUCAUUGUGACCACGCCAGAGCUGGGGAGGGAGAGGAGUCUACUACCUGAUGUUACUGAUCGACUGGAACAACAAGGCAUUUUGCUGUACUGUGACUACCAGGCCUCCACCUUUGAUAUGUCCAAGCUUCCCUGCCACAGGUUUGAGGCUAUGGACCACUUUGCAAAGUGCUUCCUGAUCUUGCGGCUGGAAGCAAGCAAAGUGGAGGGAGGUCUCAACAGUACCGAGGAGGACAGCAGGGGCUGGCGGGCGGUGCGCGUGGACUUGGUGUCGCCACCUAUGGAUCGUUACGCCUUCGCUCUUCUGGGCUGGACCGGAUCCAGGCAGUUUGAGAGAGACCUGAGGAGGUUUGCUCGAUUAGAGCGGCGGAUGCUUUUGGACAACCACAUCCUGUACGACAAAACCAAGAAAGAGUUCCUGGCAGCUACGACUGAAAAGGACAUCUUUGCCCAUCUGGGUCUCGAGUACAUCGAGCCUUGGCAGAGAAAUGCGUAG